UUUCAGUUGGUUGCGUCAAUACAAACGUAAAUAAGUAAUAAGCGGAAGUGAGUAGUGAUCAAGAACCAUUUCCACGUUAGCGUUUUUAUUUUUUAGACAUUUAUUAACACCCUGAAACUCAAUGCGAUUCAUUUAACUGCAAAACAACACGUAAUUAACUCGGGUAGUCUUUAAUUCGCGUUUGGAGACGGGACUUGGUUGAUGUUUUCUAGGUAACGCCAGCUAGCUGCUAACGAUACUAGUAAGCAAUGGCUAACGAUAUGGUUUUUCACACUCAAAUAGCCUCGAUUAUGGAGGUGCUAGCGAAUGCAGCCGUGGCAGAGAUCUGUAAAGUCGUAGACGACGACUAUGCAGUGUUUCGUUUGGAAAUGUCUCAAAGCCAGAAAGAAAACAGGGGAUUGCGCAGGAAACUACAGCUACUGGAACUGAAGGUGUCACGGGAGCGCGCAGAGAGGACAAUACGAGAGCGCGUCCUCGCCAGUCGUCCCAGUAGUGUCAAGAUCCUCGACCGAUACAGAGGAAUGGCAAGAGGUGAAGGUCAUCUCACUGUAGGCCACAGGAGCAUUGUGAAGCCAGCGGGACCCAAUGUGUGGAGAGAUGACCAACCCAUAGCUAUAGAUGAGGGGAGUGGAACCUCAACCCAGCAUAUUAUUGUGAUAGAGCCUGCAGAUACAGAGGAUGCAGGUCCUGAAGGAUCGUCUCUGGUCAAGCAGGAGAGGACUGAAGGAGAGGACCCACGGCACAGCGUAGACACCCAAACUAGAGCAGUGGCUACAGUGGCACCACCUGAAGCCACGGUGGACCUCACCACCGCCAGCUCACCCCAGCCCAGGACCGGACGUAGCAUCACGGAGGAGGAGGAGGGUCCAGAGGUGCUGCUGGUGAAGGAGGAGGGUCUGGGAAACCCUGAGGAGGAAAACCAGACGAUACCUCCUCCUGAACCCACAAAGGACCCAGUUGAGCAGAACAGGACCACACACAGUCUCAAUGAGUCAGUAGACAUGGAGGAUGGGAAGCCUGAUCUGCUGAUAGUCAAAGAGGAGACAAUAGAGGAUGGACCAGAGAGCAUUGACCUGCUGAGUGAACUAAAGAUGGGGGAGCAAGCAGGUGGUUGGCUGGAGGCUAACAGAGGAGACUGGGGGGCCAUCUUGGAUUCCCAGAAGGGUGCAGUCAAUAGCCCGGGGGACGACAUCACUGAGCAGGCCAGGACCAGAGGUGGCAUAGUGGAGUCUGCAGUCCAUGAAGACCUGCUGAUAUCUGGUGUUGCUGACGGGAGAGACUGGACCUCUGAAGCAGCUGGUCACAAGCCCUGGCUCCUGAUCAGGACCCUGAAUCAGGAGCCAUUGAUCUUCCUUCCCGAGUCGGAACGGAGACGGAAUUGCGAGGGACCGAGACUCCACCAACACACAGAACACAACCAGUGGACAGGUGGACUGAACAACCUCAGUCCUGGUGGUCAUCAGAGAGACAGAGGCUCCAGUCAGGGAUCCAGUCUGCAGCCCAGACCCUUCUCUUCACAGUCUCAGUCCAGGGAUGAAGCAGGGCCUGGGGCUGAUAAAGAUAGACCCUCCUGUUCCUAUGAUACAAACACCACAAUAUCCAUAAUGAACAGAGCAGGUCACCCUGAGCUUCAGCCUUUACAGAGAGUGAUGGGAGACCCCCCGGGUGAUAGUCUAGCAGCAAGUCUGUCUUCACCUUCAGGGUCUUGUCUAAUGCCUGGUGACUGGGUUCACAGAAGUCCUGGUUCUGGGUCUAGCCUUCCUCAGUUACCUCAUGGUUACCCCACCAAUGCAGACAGGGUCAGGAUGGAUGUUCACCACAAGAGGUACCUAGCCUAUAACGCAGCACACAAUCCCAACAACACCCAAACAAUGGCUAGAGGUCAAGGAGGGAGCUCAAAGACUAACCACCUGAGGGUGGUGGCUCCUGCUUCUGCCUCUUCUGGUGUCAUUGGGUCACAACAUGGGAGGCCGAGCAUUAGCACAGAAGAAGACAAGCCAUACUCCUGCCCCACGUGUGGGAAGCGCUUUGCCAAGGCGACCUAUGUGAAGAAGCACCAAACCAUUCACAUCAAGGAGCGGCCCUUCAAGUGUAAGCUGUGUUACAAGAGCUUCUCAUUCCUCAGUUAUCUUAUCAGACAUAGGAGUGUCCACAACAGGGAGCAAUCAUAGCAUUGGGUCUUGAGAUUUACACAGGAGAUAUCUGGAAACUAUUAUUUUAUAUUAUAUUAUAGUUAUCAUGUGAAAUGUCCUGGAGUUUUGGGGGGAUUACCAAGUCCCUCAGUUGAGCAUCUGGGUAAACUCUCAUGAUACAGACUUGUUGUUUGGUGUGCUGGCAUAGCCAAAACACUGUCAUGUUACUGAAGAGCAACACUAUACUCCCCCUCUGAAUUUGGUUUUGCCUAUGUUCUAUUCAUAAUAAAUAUGUCCCUCUUUUUUCAUAACACCCCCCCCCACACACACACACAUACAUACACACACACACACACAAUCCGGUAGUACCUGUUCCUUUAUUUACUAAAAAUAGGUGAUCAAAAUACACCCUCUUUUUAUAACAAGUCAGGUGAGAUGAGAUGACCCAGAGGUCGCUUUCAUUGGGGAAGAGGUCCAAAAACAACUCCUUACUGUGCCCCUUUCCCCUAUAACCCUCCCAUGGCACUGGGUAGUAGGUAGGAGUUCUCCUUAAUCAGAUAUUUUUCAUCCUCCCGUCUAUCAUCUUCCAUAUCGUUUAUGUGUAUUAUUGUUAUGCAUCUCCAAUGGUUGUAGCAAACAUUGCCACUCAAUAAUUGAUUUCCCCAGCCACACAAGUCAUUGCCUGACAAAUCAAACUGAAUUAGUCCGCUGCUCUAUCGUUCGCUACGUACUUCAGUCUGAGACGGCCAUCAUUGAAGUCGUUUGUUUGUGACGUCUGUGACAGUCAAAAUGAGGGGUGUUUUACGAAACAAAGUUGAAUAUUUACCUUACUGAGGUGAUGUAGAUGGAAUAAAGUCAUACUCUUUUCUACUCUGUUCUUACUGACACACUGUUCUUUCUAAACAAGUCUGCUCUCCGCUUGAAAGAUACUGUAGUUAUCAUGAAGAGGAUUUUAUUUGAUUAGGAUCC